AUGAACUACUCUAAAUUAAUCACAUUUGAAGCAUCAAAUGCUGCUGAUAUAAAGGAAUACUUUGUUAACUCAUUUUUCAGAUAAAAAUGGGAUAAAUCUCUAGAAAGUGUUCAAUGUGUCUCUGAAGACGUCUAUAUGCUGAGAUACUUACCAUUGCAAUCUAAAUUGGAUCCUUUAGUACAGAAAGUUUAAUUUUCUGGAAUAAAUUGCAAAAAUGGUACAGUAUACAUCUUUUAAGAGGAACUGGUAAUUCCAAAAAGAAAUUUAGUAUUCUUCUAGAUUAGAAAAUAAAUUUCCUUAUCUGCUCAAUAUGAGUAAAAGAGGGUGUUUCAACUAAGCAACCCUUCCAAACUGUAGCCAAGAAACUAAGAAGAUAGCAUCGAGGAGCAAAAAGAUAUUCUCAUGACUACUGAAAGAGAUAAUACAAUUAAUUAAGGUACAAUAUUUUAAGAGUACCUAACUCAGGCUCUGGAUAAACUUAGAGAAUUCGAAAAUCAGAUAAGUCUUGAUUAGUGGAAGAUUUCGGUUGAAGAUAAGAAAAAGGGUUUGAAUAUUUGGUAAAGAACAUCAGAAAAUGGUCUAAAGUGCAUGAAAGCACAGGGUAUAAUAGAAAAGAAAGCUGAUGACAUAGUCAAGGUGAUAGGUGAUGAUGACUAUAGAAAGUAUUUUGACCCAGUGUUUGACUUUAGCACUGUAUUAGAAAGAGUAGCUGAUUAAACUUAUAUGGUUUACUAAAAGACUAAGAGGGUAGCUAUUGUUUCAGCUAGAGAUUUUAUGUUCAUUUUACAUCUUAACAAGAUGCCGAAUGGAACAAUUUAUGCUAUUGUAUUUUCUAUUGAUGCUGAUCAUAUCAGACCACAAUAAAAGGGUAUAGUUCGAGGAUGGCUUCAGCUAGGCGGCUGGAAGUUAGAGCCUUUAGCUGAUGAUCCAAACAAGACUUUUGCUACCUAUUAGACAGAAAUAGAUAUGAGAGGAAGCGUACCUCAAUUUGUGAUGACGCAGGCAAAUAAAGAUAUUGGUUAUCAAAUAGUAAAAAUUAGGAAAGUAGUUGAUAUUUACCUCAAAGAUAAAUAAUAGUGA